AUGGCUCCCACUCGUCGAGUCGCAAUCAUCCAAUGGCGUAUCAAAGUGCGACUUCCCAAACCCGAAUCAUACCAUCUAAGCGGCUGGGUGCCUACAGAUCCACGCUGGGCAGACCAAGCCGGCCAAUCAGCAAUCUACCUGGCCAACUAUCAAGCUCUGGCAAAGGAGCUCAAGAUUUGCCUGGUUCCUGGAACCAUCAUCGAGAAGCAUGAAGGCCCAGACAAGACCAGUCUCCUCUAUAACACUGCGUAUUUCAUCUCCAAUGAUGGUAGCAUUCUUGGCAACUACCGCAAGAAAAACAUUUGGCACCCGGAGCGCCCACAUCUCACCUCCUCGGGACUGGAAAGCCACGCAGCUAUUGACACGCCGAUUGGCCGCAUCGGAAUGCUGAUCUGUUGGGAUCUGGCGUUCCCCGAGGCGUUCCGCGAACUCAUUGCUGACGGAGCAGAGAUUAUCAUCAUACCCACUUUCUGGACUCCUAAGGAUGCUUCAUCCGAGGCGUUACGACGCAACCCGGCUUCUGAGGCAUUGUUCCUCUCUUCAACAUUGACGGCCCGUUGUUAUGAGAACACUUGCGGCAUCAUAUUUGUCAAUGCUUCUGGCCCGGCGGAAGAUUUCUUGGGUAUGUCACAGGUCACGUUGCCUAUUGUUGGACCGGUUGCGAAGAUGGGUAACGAGGAAGGUGUGCUGGUUGCAGAUAUGGAUUUGGAGUUAUUGGACAUCGCAGAGAAGAACUAUAAAGUGCGUGAGGAUAUCCGGAAUGAGGGUUGGCAUUAUGUAUACCGACACAGCUCGAGUCAGUAG